UCUCGAUUCCAUCGCCAGCGAAAAUAUCAUCACACUGCAGACGCAUUGGGAAUUCGGUCACGGAAUCCGCCGCAGGCUUCAGGGUCAAGGGAGGGAGAAAAAAACGUGAGCAAGAGAGAGCAUUCGAGAGACAUACGACCUCAUUUCAUAUCUCCUUUCACGUUCAACAUAUUUCUUUGUGCUCGUUCCCUCUAUUUUCAUUAUUGUUCACAUACAGCAUCACGAUCUAGCUGCGGCUACUGACACUUCUUUUGUCUCCGCAACUUCAUCUCCAUCGUCCUACAUACGUAAACCACCACUUUCGUUGAUCGUCGCCAUCGUUUUCUACUGUACAUUCAUCUGCGAACACCCGUUUGACCGAAUACAUUCGCUUGAACCUCAAACAGAACAACACAGCUCUCUGGGAGACUGCUUCAAUUCAUCAGUCGCACCUCCGUCUCUCUGGCAGAGCGUCCUCGACUUCCCGAUCGGCUACUGAGCAGAUCAUUUCACUGGGGCUUCACUGCCCACAAUCUUUUCUUCACUUGCUCCGCUCGGUGACAUCACCCGCACAGACAUGUCACAUAAGGGCUAUAACAGAUUUUCAAGAGAAGGAUUUCAACCACUUACUCACAAGACAUCCAGAGACAGAACCAUGAGCAAUCCCAACGAUAUCACCAUCGAUAUCCCCAUGACCCGGGUCACCACCGCCGGCAGUGCCACUGGUGCCCGGAAGCAAGGCCUCUCUCCUAGCCGUGCGGACCAAAAUACAGACUCGAGCGAAGGGCUUAAUGAAAAGACCGAAGAGCACCACUAUUUCAACAGAGGUCCGGAGGGAAGACGGAGAAGAUACAAAGAUCAAGGGCUGGAGAACAAGACGCGUGACGAUGGCAAAUUGAACGCUGCUGGCAGAAUUUACAUGAAAAUCUACAAUUCCUCGGUCAUCACUCGCUACUUCAUCUACGUCGCGCCGCUGGCAUUGGCAAUCGCCAUUCCCAUCGUCAUUGGUGCCACUGCUGCUCCCAAUGCACGCAUUGGAGGGGUCAAGAUUGUAUGGUUCUUCUCUUGGAUCGAGGUAUUAUGGGCGUCUUUGUGGGGUUCAAAGCUGCUGGCCAGAUUUUUGCCUUACUUGUUCCAAUUCUUCAGCGGCGUCGUCAGUUCUGGCACACGGAAGUAUGCUUUGGUCCUGACCGCCCUCGAAAUUCCCCUGUCUCUGGUAGGAUGGGCAGUCGUCUCAUUGACCACUUUUGUUCCGAUCAUGACCCUGAAUCCCGACCAGAGAGCGCGCGGAGAAACGGGUCUCAAGGAUUGGGAAUCCAUCGUCAAGAACAUCCUCUUCGCCUGCUUGUUCUCAACUUUGAUCUUCUUAGGCGAGAAAUUGCUUAUCCAGCUUCUCUCAAUCAGCUAUCACCGAAAGACUUUCGAUGACAGAAUCAAGGAAUCCAAAUACAAUAUACACCUUAUCACAAUCCUCUACGAUGCGUCGCGGAAGAUGUUUCCCAUGUAUUCGCGAGAGUUCCUAGAGGAAGAUUACCUAAUCAACGACAUCCUGGAUCUCGCCGACGCCAGCAAACGGACAAGUCUUCUGAAAGGUCACAAGAGAUCUGGCUCUGCAACUCCCAUGAGACUUAUUCAGAACGUUGCUCGUGUGGGUGACAAGGUAACAUCAGCCUUUGGGAAUGUCGCCCAAGAGAUCACCGGAAAGAAGGUCUUCAACCCAACAGCGUCACAUUCUAUCGUUGUGCAAGCACUCGAGCGAAAGCACUCGGCAGAGGCUCUAGCUAGGCGUAUCUGGAUGUCCUUUGUUCUUGAAGGCAAAGACGCGCUCGGAAUUGACGAUCUAGUCGACGUUCUUGGCUCGGAACAGGAGAAUGAAGCUCACGAAGCCUUCGAAGUUCUCGACGUGGAUGGCAACGGUGACAUUUCACUGGACGAGAUGAUUCUUCGUGUCACAGAGUUUGGCCGACAACGUCAAUCCAUCGCAAGCAGCAUGCACGACGUUGAUCAAGCCAUUCAUGUGCUUGACAACCUGCUAUGCACGGUUGUCUUUGUGGCUGUAAUUUUCAUCUUCGUUGCCUGGCUGAACAAAAACUUCACAACAACGUUGGCGACUGCAGGUACCGCGUUGCUCUCAAUGUCUUUCGUCUUCGCGGUCAGCGCCCAGGAGAUUCUCGGUUCUUGCAUCUUUCUAUUUGUCAAGCAUCCAUUCGACGUGGGUGACAGAGUAGACAUUACCGAUAAUCAGUAUGUGGUGGAACGCAUGUCGCUAUUGUACACAGUCUUCCGACGUGUCAAAGACCAGAGACGAACACAGGUUCCCAACAUUGUCCUCAACGCUCUAUGGAUUGACAACAUUUCCCGCAGCAAAGCGAUGCGAGAGCAGAUCAGCAUUUUUGUCAGCUUUGACACCACUUUCGAAGACAUUGAUCUUCUAAAGAAAGAAAUGACCCUCUUCGUCCGCGACAAGGACAACGCCCGUGACUUCCAGCCGGACAUCGAUAUUGAAGUGCUAGAUGUGUCUGACCAGAGUAAGAUGGAGCUGAGGCUCGAGAUUCGUCACAAGUCCAACUGGGCCAAUGAAUCAGUGCGGGCGGCUAGGCGAAGCAAGUUCAUGUGUGCGCUUACUCUGGCCUUGCGGAAGAUCCCUCUCUACGGUCCUGGUGGCUUUUUCCCUCCUGCUGGUGACAAAGCGAAUCCAACAUACUCUGUCACCAUCACCGAUGAUAUUGCGAAGAAGAAUGCGGUAGAGUUCGAUGACGCCAAGGACAAGAGCAGAUUGGUACCUUUAAAGUCCCCAGAACGGGAUCAGAACAACCUGGAAAAGACAGAAUCUCAGAAGACUGAUUUUCUGGGUAUGUCAACCGGUGUUGAAGCUUCAGAAGCUGCCGCGCUCAGUCACUUGAUCCAGCGAGACGUUGCGGUCGAUCCUGCAGAACCACUCGAUCAGCACCAAGAGCUUGUUCUGAACAAGCAGCGGUCGCAGGAUGUGGAGGAAGUCAAGAACCUCCUGAAACGCGAGUCAACGACUGGCCGCCGUCGUGCAGCCCGUCACAGUGGUCUCUCGGUGUCAGAAAGCAACGACCCUUCUCGAUUGGGCUCUCGCACUAUCCCGACGGUUCCGGGACUUUCACCACAAGUUCCCGUCGAUGCUUCCCAACGCGAGAGAGUUAGUUAUUUUGAAGACACAAACCAACAAACGACUCACCCAACAGCGUCUCAGUCGGGAUGGUCUAAUGUGGCUCCGUUGAACUAUGGUCAGCAACAGCAACCUUAUCGACCCUCUGGCCCUUCGGCAUCAGGGUCCCCGCCCGCAGACACGGCUAGCCCCAGUCGCUAUGUGCCUGGCAACGCCUUCUCUCAACAAAUGCAUUCACCGCCGCAAGUCAGCCGGGUACCGGUGCCGGGGAUGCCAGAACUCAAGAAGAACCUAACGCAAAGUCCCCCACGAUAGGAGGCAGUUGGAUCAACAGAAAUGAUACAAACGAUUUUGAAAUAGAAUUAGACGAGCUUUGCCCACGUGUGGCGGAACGAUGCUAUAUGGAUGCGGGGUUAAUAUAUGGGAUCAUCGGCGUUGAAUUUUCAAAAAUAGCACUUCAAAAGAAAGAAAGUCUUGCUCAUAUGAGUGGAAGAUGUCAAUUAGUUGGUGGAUUGCUAAUGUCUGAUUUCAAUGAAAAGAUAUUCUGGCUACUCGUACGGGUACAAUCCAGAUCAACACCGACCUUUCAGUCAGUAAAUAUUCUUUGAGCGAAAGUCGUAUUUUAAUCAGACAUGAGAAUUCUUUCCACCUGAUACGGAGUACUCCAUAAAGAUAUAUCAUAUCGAGAGUAGACACUAAAAGUACAAAGUUGUAUACAUGGACAGUGGUAUAAACCCCAGGUGAGGUAGGUAAAAGCUUACAAGAGCAAAGUGGAGGACGGGGAUAUGUCGACGUUUCGUGUGAAAAGAUGUGUGUGUGUGUGUGAGAGAGAGAGAGAGAGAGAGUUUUUGAUGCGUGCAAAAAUCAAAACUUGUCCUUUCUUCCCCCAUGGGCGGCUCACUUUGCGAGUUUUUUUAUCAUUAAUAUCUCACAAACACCCCAGAGACCAAUCUCGAACGACCACCACUUCCACUUCCACUUCCACUGCCGGACCGUC